CCGCGAUGCUGCCGCGGCCGCCGCUGUAGCGAUCGCCCGAGCCCGCAGCGGAGCAAGACAUGAAUGCACCCGUGAAUGCUAGAAGCCUGUAAGCUUGCCGGCAUCGGGAAGGUGCAGAGUGGUGGCCUCCAAGGACCAGCUCCUUCACCUUGGCCUUGCCCUCCAGCUCGCAGUCCGCCAUGGAGACGCUCUCCCAGGACUCCUUGCUGGAAUGUCAGAUCUGUUUCAAUUACUACAGCCCCCGGCGAAGGCCCAAGUUGCUGGAUUGCAAACACACCUGCUGCUCCGUGUGCCUCCAGCAGAUGAGGACAAGCCAGAAGGACGUGAGGUGCCCCUGGUGCCGCGGCAUCACCAAGCUGCCCCCGGGCUUCUCCGUGUCACAGCUCCCUGACGACCCCGAGGUCCUGGCGGUCAUUGCCAUUCCGCACACCUCUGAGCACACCCCGGUCUUCAUCAAACUGCCCAGCAAUGGGUGCUACAUGCUGCCCUUGCCCAUCUCCAAGGAGCGCGCGCUGCUACCCGGAGACAUGGGCUGCCGCCUGCUGCCUGGGAGCCAGCAGAAGUCUGUCACCGUGGUGACCAUCCCCGCUGACCAGCAGCCUCUGCAGGGCGGGGCCGCCCCCGAGGCAGUGGAGGAGGAGCAGGACCGGCGGGGCGUGGUGAAAAGCUCCACCUGGUCGGGGGUGUGCACUGUCAUCUUGGUGGCCUGCGUCUUGGUUUUCCUUCUGGGCAUCGUGCUCCACAACAUGUCUUGCAUUUCUAAGCGCUUCACUGUGAUAUCCUGUGGCUGAAGGGGGGGCCACCAGGAAGCCUCUUGUGGGUGCCAACUUAGGGGUUGAGCAGGUGUUGGUGACGGGGUCCCGGGGAGAAGUUGGGGGGCGACACUGACCAUUUGGUGCCGAGUGCUGGCCUCUGGGUUGCCACUUGAUUCACCCAAGACAGACACGAAGGGCGGAAGGUGAGGUGUCAGCAAGACGCCAGGAGAAUUGUGCUGAGUUUUAACGGCAACAGCUUUGAAGAUGAUUGCAUGCAUCCUCAUAAUCAUGUAUCAAAUGGACUGUAAUUUAUGAUUUUUCAAAAUCAUGUUACGAGAUAGACAUAUUCUACUUAGACGUCAAACUGUACAAGUGCGUACAAUGUGAUCUUCUCUAAAUGCGGUAGAUUAAGACAAAGAUGCUGUGUACACAAGUAGAAUCAAACCUGCGAAUCCAUGUAAAAAUUCAGUGAAGACAUGCAGUGCUGGCUUCUUUACUUUUUUUUUUUUUAAAUGAAAUCCAGUCUUCAUUUAGUUGCUGAGGCUUUUUAUACACUUUGAAUGGCACCAAGAUCAAAAUAAGUUAAGUGGACGAUCGUUUUUUAGAGAAAAUAUUUGAGCAGAUGUCUCCAGUGUGUUGUGUUUUGUCAUGCACCUUCGUGUCUCCUCACUUGUAAUUAGAGCUCGCUACGUGUUUAUUAAACAGAAAGCCCAACAGGGGAGCAAUAAACCGAGAAAUAAUGAGAAAUGCCUAAUCCCACAGGAAACCUGUAUGCCAAUUUUUCUCAAGCCAUCUCACAAAAUGAGAAUUUAAAAUGUAAAUAUUGUGUAUUUGUGUGUGUGUGUGUGUGUGUGUGUGUGUA